GAUAAAACUAAAAUCGAACACGAGUUUGAGUUGUUACGUAUCUGUGUACAGGUACAAUAAAAGCUUUUUGUCGUGCGCAAAUUUGACUUAAGUGAUCGAUUGCGACUUUUCAAUAUUACCAGACAAUUUCAAAAAAUGUGUGUUGGAAGAGUUCCUAAUAGUGAAAUUGAGGUUGAAAAGUAUCCAACGAUGUUGAAAGUAGAUAAUUCAAUUCAAGUGCCAGCUGUAAUUGAAAAGGUAUUUCCUGAAAAAAAUGGAAAUACUUUAAAAGAAGAUGCGGUGUUAUCUCAGGAUGCGUUAGCUGUGAUGACUAUUUGGACCAAAGAAGCGCUUUUUACUUUAAGUGAUUACGUUAAGUCUCUUAGUGAUACCACGGCAUAUAGAAUUUUAUGCCAUACCACCCAGCCAGCCCAUUUAGUCACGUCUCUGGCAGUGCUUUACGUAGCAUUUCUUUGCCUAUCUAAUAAAUCAACAGUUGCAACUUUGUCGCCGCUAUGGACCCUAGUAUAUUUAGGCUCCUUCAGUGCGCACUUUGGAGCCCAAAUUUGGAUGACUUUUGUGUCCGGAUUGGCUCUUUAUUUCUCCUUGCCUCGACAUACCUUUGGAAGUGUGCAGAAAGUACUUUUUCCAAAGUAUUUCUUGCUGAAUGCUCUCCUCAGUCUCAUAACUUUGGCCGUCUUCUUAAGAGUCAAGAAAAAUGAACUUAACACUAUGGAAAUUGGAGUUCAGGCGUUUGCAAUGACCCUUUGCUUUCUCACUGAAUUGGUGAUUUUCCUCUACUUGACUCCGCCGCUACUUGCCCUAAUGUCUACCAAAAUUGCGAUCGAAAAAGAAGCCGGAAUCGGUUUAGAAGUAGGAAAACUUGAACCUGGAAAACUUCUAAAGUGCCCGCACUAUGUAAAAAUUCACCAGGCUUUUAGAAAAGUUCAUAUGUCAAUUGCAAUGGGAAAUGUUUUUACAAUGGCGUGUACGACAUUACAUCUAUAUUAUUUAUCAUGUAAACUAUGUGCUCUAAGCUUGUAAAUAUUAUUUAUUUAUUUAUUUACUUUUAAGUAGGCAGAUCCGAAAUAUUAGUGGCUAAGAAAAUAUUUAUUUCCUAGUUAAGUUAGGGCAUAAUUUUAGAUUCAAAAUCAGUAUUAUGUACGUUUUUGUACACACUAUUUAUGUUCCUUUCUUUCUCAAAAGACAAAUUAAUUAAGUGUUUUCUAAUAAAAAAAAAACGGUUA